AUGGGUAAAGAAAAAACUCACGUAAACGUUGUUGUUAUUGGUCACGUCGAUUCCGGCAAGUCCACUACCACAGGACAUCUUAUUUAUAAAUGUGGAGGUAUUGACAAACGUACAAUAGAAAAAUUUGAAAAAGAAGCCCAAGAACUUGGUAAAGGUUCUUUCAAAUAUGCUUGGGUGUUGGACAAACUGAAAGCUGAACGUGAACGUGGUAUUACAAUCGAUAUCGCCCUUUGGAAGUUUGAAACUCCAAAAUACUAUGUCACUGUCAUUGAUGCUCCAGGGCAUCGUGACUUUAUCAAGAACAUGAUUACUGGUACUUCUCAGGCAGAUUGUGCUAUUCUGAUUAUUGCUGCUGGUACUGGUGAAUUUGAAGCUGGUAUUUCCAAAGACGGUCAAACUCGUGAACAUGCCCUUUUGGCUUAUACACUUGGUGUCAAACAACUUAUUGUUGCUGUUAACAAGAUGGACACAACUCAAUGGUCUGAAGAACGUUUCAAUGAAAUCGUCAAAGAAGUUUCUGGCUUCAUUAAAAAAGUUGGUUAUAAUCCCAAGAGUGUAGCUUUCGUUCCAAUAUCUGGUUGGCAUGGUGAUAACAUGUUAGAAGACUCUACAAACAUGCCAUGGUUUAAGGGAUGGACAAAAGAAGUUAAAAGUGGUUCUUCCAAGGGCAAGACACUUUUGGAAGCCAUUGAUUCAAUCGAACCUCCAUCUAGACCAACUGAUAAACCUCUUCGUCUUCCCCUUCAAGAUGUUUACAAGAUUGGUGGUAUUGGUACUGUCCCUGUAGGUCGUGUUGAAACCGGUAUUAUCAAAGCCGGUAUGGUUGUAACAUUCGCCCCGGUUGGCCUUACCACUGAAGUUAAGUCAGUCGAAAUGCAUCACGAACAAUUAGAACAAGGUGUCCCCGGUGAUAACGUCGGUUUUAAUGUUAAGAACGUAUCAGUUAAAGAAAUUCGUCGAGGUUUUGUUUGCUCUGAUUCCAAAAAUGAUCCUGCCAAAGAAUCCGCCUCUUUCAAUGCUCAAGUUAUCGUUCUUAAUCACCCUGGUCAAAUUGGUGCUGGUUACGCUCCAGUGUUGGAUUGUCACACCGCUCAUAUUGCUUGCAAAUUUGCUGAAUUGCAAGAAAAGAUUGAUCGUCGUUCUGGCAAAAAACUUGAAGAUAACCCGAAAUUUGUUAAAUCUGGCGAUGCAGCUAUUGUUAAAAUGGUUCCCUCCAAACCCAUGUGUGUUGAGGCUUUCUCCGAAUAUCCUCCCCUAGGUCGUUUUGCUGUGAGAGAUAUGCGUCAAACUGUUGCAGUUGGUGUUAUUAAGUCUGUUGAAAAAGUUGAUAAAUCGGGUAAGACCACCAAGGCAGCAAAAUGGGAAUCACCACUUUCAACUCGUGUUGGUAAAAAAAAAAGAGGCUCUGACACAACGUCUAAAUUACCCGCCGAGUUUAUUCAAAAUCAAGAAAGAUUAAAACCACAAGAAGAAAAAGCACAAAAAGAACCCGGGUGGAUGAUUUACGAUCAUGCAAUAGUUUCUUCUUCUACGGGAUCAGAAUAUUAUCUUAUCAUUUGUGGAUGUUCAAUUUUGUUAAAUAACGAGCCUAUGUCUGUUGUCGGUGUACUUCAAGAUGAUACUGAUCCAAUGGUUGGUGUUAGGAAACUUGAGAAAGCACCUACAGAAUCGUAUGCAGAUAUUGUUGGUUUAGAACAACAAAUUCAAGGAAUCAAAGAAUCCGUAGAAAUACCCCUAACACAUCCAGAACUUUAUGAAGAAAUGGUGAUUAAACCUCCGAAAGGUAUUAUCCUAUAUGGGGUCCCGGGAACAG